CAGGCUAGACUACUGAAUGCGCAAAUCCACGCUUUGGUCUCUUGAUGUCAGGUCUUGAUCUGUUCGCUGGGUUUAUGUUUUUUAUCUUCGCUUUCUCCUCCUCGAUUUUGCUUCUAAAGACGCUGCACUCAACGAAUUGUAGUUUGGAGUACGGAUACCAAAGGGAACGAAACCCAAGAUGACGCGAUCAAAACCAAACGGCAACCCUCUACCAGGCUAUACGCAUAGAGACCAACCAUCACCCCCGCUCACAAGCUCGGCAUAUGCCAACCAGCCAGAUGGAGGGCUCGUAGCCUGGCUGCAAGUCUUGGGUGCCUGGAUUCUAUUCUUCAACACUUGGGGCGCCAUGAACACCUUUGGCGUGUUCCAGACCUACUACGAAAGCGGCGUGUUGUUCAAUCAGUCGUCGUCCAAUAUCGCAUGGAUCGGCUCGAUUCAGGCUUUCUGCCUGCAGGUUACGGGUCUCGUCGCGGGCCCAAUCUAUGACCGUGGCGGGUUCAAGGGUCUCAUUGUCACAGGCAGUGUCGGUGUGGCUCUGGGGUACAUGAUGCUUAGUCUGGUAACUUGGUCUGUCCGUCAUUUGGGUGAAACUUGCUGAUGGAUUGUCGUCUAGUGCAAGGAAUUCUGGCAAGUCGUUCUGGCUCAGGGAUUCCUUAUUGGGAUCGCCGAAGGGUGCCUCUUUACACCUAUGAUUUCGAUCCUCCCAACUUACUUUAGUGCGAGGUUGGGCCUUGCUACGGGUAUCGCGUCUUCUGGCUCCUCCAUGGGCGGGGUCAUCUAUCCUAUUGUGAUAAAGAGCUUGAUGUACAA